AUGAAGAUCGACAAAGUGAAGGUGGAUAAACAUCAAAACAAUGACCUAGAGCAUGUGAAAUCCAAGAAACCAAAAAUAUCAGAGGAGGACAGCUCAGACAGUGAACCAAAAAAGAAGACAAAGAAACGAAAACAGGACGCUUCUUCCAGCUCAUCAAGUUCUUCUAGCAGUUCCAGUUCCAGCAGUUCUACCAGCAGCAGUUCAAGUGACUCGUCUUCAGAGGAAGAAGUUCCCAAAAAGAAACUUAAGAAGACAAAGGUAUUAAAGAACAAACGAAACAUGUCACCAAGCAGUUCAAGUAGUGAUGAUGAUAAGCACAAAAAGAAAAAGAAUUUAAAGAAGAAAAUGAAAAGAUCAAGCUCAUCAUCCAGUUCUUCUUCAAGCUCUUCCAGUAGUUCAAGUGGCAGUUCUUCAGAUGAGAAAUCUAAGAAAAAACAUGAUGCAAAUGGUAAAGUAAAGAAAGAUAAGAAGAAAAAAAAGGAAGACCCUAAAGCUGAUGCAUGUGAGGACAAUAAGAAAAGGACAACUCCUCCUCCUCCUAUUGGUUUUAAAGCGUAA